AUGUAUAAAGAAAACACCUAUUGGAAAAAUGUCCUCACCAUUGUGCCCAUUGUGAGCUCCGGCGUCGCUACCAUCAUCUAUUUCUUACGACUGUUUGCUCGGCGAGUGGGAGGAACAAGGAAAUGGCAGCUGGAGGACGUGCUUAUGGGGAUUGGGGUGCUGAUUUCUUAUGGCGCUACUGUCUUUGUCGUUUAUACCGCUUUUAAUGGCGUCGGCUUGCCGACUCGCACCCUGCCCCCCGAUGAACGUCGUCGCGUUCAAUUCGGUUCUUGGAUGAUCCAGAAGUUCUGGGCGCCAUCAAUGGCGUUUAUCAAGAUCUCGAUCAUCGUCUUUCUCCGCCGUCUGCUCGGAACCUUGACCUUCUAUCGCGCGUUUACAAUGGGCCUGAUUGCAUUCGUCACCUGCUGGGCAGUAGCGGCUUUGCUGGUUAAUAUCUUUCAAUGCUGGCCGGUCCAGUAUUAUUACGACAAGGAUUUGAAUGGAAACUGUAUGAGACAUCAACGGGAAUUCUUCCAGUGCAUGGGAUCGUUGGCAUUGGCCGAGGAUGUGUUUAUCCUGUGCCUGCCCAUUCCGGUGGUUUGGCGGUUGAGAAUCACCAUGAGACAAAAGUUUGCCGUAACCUUCGUCUUUUCCUUGGGCGGACUGGUCUGCAUCUUCAGUCUGCUUCGCCUCAUUGAGUUCCGCAGGUUCGUCGUCACCGACCUGGCCUCGUCCAGUGCCCUCGAAUCCAUCUGGACCGUGCUCGAGAUCAACGUCGCCAUCAUCACCGGUUCGUUGCCGCUGUUGAGACCAUUGCUCCAGGGCAUUUUAGGCCGUAUGCGCUCCGCCAGUAAUAGCAAACGUUCACAUCCUUCCAGCGGCAGAUAUUGCCGACCGUCCAUGCCGACGCCGCCAGCUGACCUGCACAAAUACUUUGAUCCCCGACCACUGGACCAUACCACCACGGUGAAAUCAUCCGCAAGAGAGACGACAAUGCCACCUACUCAGUUCUGCAAUUAUGAAAGAGAUCUGGAAGGCCACCAGCUCUCCGAUAUCGAGCUGCAAGGGAUUGCAGUAACGACGGGGUUAGACCAAGAGGUUGAGGACAAGUCUGAUAUUGGCAAUGCAGAGCCUGUUUCUAGUCGGAACUGGCCGUUGUAA